CAUGGCGGCCACCAUUAGGACAUUGUGCUGCUCAGUGUUGAGACACUCAAACAGGCAGCUCAGCACAACAUGCCGAGUUCAAGCUGGAGAGAAAUGGAGGAAAGAACAUGGACUUGCCCGAAGUGGCACAGAAUACGGACCUCUGACAGAUCUACCUGAUUGGUCUUUUGCAGAUGGACGACCAGCACCUCCAUUGAAGGGAAUGCUGAGAAGAAAGCAAGAGAGGGAAGUUUUAGCAAGGCGCAUCGUGAUGCUGAGCUCUGAGGUGGACCAAGGGAUGGAGACGUGGAGAGAGAAACAGGAGGAAGCCAAACGGGUGGAGGAGCACAAAAAAUCUCUUUUACUGAAACCUAAAGGGAAGCUUUUAAGGAAGAAAAAUCCUCAAAGUUAGAAACAGCUCAUCAUCGUAAUAAUAUAGUUUUUCUUAACGGUAUAUCGAUAUAUGUCAGUUAAAUAUUUAUAAGGUCUCAAUAUGUCUUCUUCUGCCUUAUAGUUUGUGUUUUUCUGUAUUCAUGAACUUGUGUUGCAGUCGCUGAUUGUUUUCAUUCAAUAAAUGAUUUAUAC